UUUGAAUUUUUCAAUCUUUUAUUCAUUCGUCUGCAUCUUGAUUUUCGUUAUUUUCACACAAUAAAAACGAUACGCCGAAACGCAGAAAAAAAAAGAGAUGAGCGGCGAAGACGAAAAAGUGAGUGUGAAUUCACCCAAAAAAGAGGAAAAGAAUGCAGAUGAAACGGUUCAAUUGCAAUUGGUCGUCGAUUCCGAAGCGAAUGCCGAAGCAAAUACCGAGCCGAAAGAUGGCCCAACAAUUACAAAAAUGGAAGAUGUAAUUACCAUCGAUCCUGAAUGCGAAGUAUUGGACUUGAAUCAUGCACGGAUCGGAAAAAUCGAGCAUCUUGAACAAAUGGUUAAAUUGGAGCGAUUAUAUUUGCGAUGGAAUUUAUUGAAGAAAAUCGAAAAUUUGGAUUCACUCAGUCGACUCGUUGAACUCGAACUGUAUGAUAAUCAAAUCACUCAAAUUGAAAAUUUGGAUAAUCUCGUCAAUCUCGAGAUAUUGGAUUUGAGCUUCAAUCGAAUUACGGAAAUUAAAAACUUGGACAAAUUGGUGAAACUUGAAAAGUUGUAUCUGUGUGCUAACAAGUUAUCGAAAAUUGAAAAUUUGGAAAAGUUGACGAAAUUGACAAUGCUUGAACUGGGCGAUAACCGAUUUCGUGUGAUUGAAAACUUGGAUACUCUCACCAAUUUGACGCAACUAUAUUUGGGCAAAAAUAAAAUUAAGAAAAUCGAAAAUUUGGAUAAGUUAGUCAAUUUGGAGCUGAUAUCGUUGCAAGCCAAUCGUAUUGUCAAACUCGAGAAUUUGAAUCAAUUGGUGAACAUGACCGAAUUUUAUAUAUCAGAAAAUGGAAUUGAGAAAAUUGAAGGGCUUGAAGCAAACAAAUCGUUGGAAACAUUCGAUAUUGCAAAGAAUCGUAUCACUAUCAUUGAAAAUGUCGAUCAUUUGGAGAACUUGGAGGAGUUUUGGGCCAAUUCAAAUCAAAUUUCGGAUUGGAAAUGUGUGGACAAUCUUCGAAACAACAAAAAACUAACAACCGUAUACUUGGAACAUAAUCCAAUCGCAAAGGACGUCCAGUACCGCACAAAACUCAAACUUACCUUGCCAAAUCUCCGUAAAAUUGAUGCAACACUUUGCAAAUAAAUGGUUAUCAUCUACUGUAUAAAAUAAGAAUAAAAAUUUAAGAUCAUUGAACA